UUCACCACGUUCGGUUUAGUUUCUAGGAAAUUCUCCCAAUAAUUUGCGAAUAAUCUUAAUGAAACUCGCUGCACAAUGCUUCCACUGAAAGUGAAAAAAGCCCGCACCGGAUCCAAGACCAUAUCGGAGAAGAUUCACGAACAGUUCGCUCCCAAGUCGGCCCAGGAUGGCGCGGAACAAUCGGAUGAGGACGAGACCAGUCGACCGCGGGUCAGCGAAUUCGAUGAGAACGAUGACGAACUGGAGCGGACCGCCGGUGGGCGGUUGAGUGACAUCCGGAAGAAGAACAUCAAGUACCUGGAUGCCAUCGAUCGGAAGUACCAGGGGCAGGUUUCCUCCCGGAGAAUUGUUUUCCAUUAUGAUGAUGAGGAGGAGAGCGUGGCUGAUGAGGAAGGUGAUGAAAAAGGGGAAUCUAGUGAAGACGAGAGCGGCUACCAACCGGGGGCUUUUGUCCGGUUGAAGCCGACCGAAGGAUCCGAUCAGGAUGAGGACGAUUUCGAUGGGGAGAAAGAGGAAGAUGAUGAUGAUUCCGAUGAGGACGAAGAAGACGAGGACUACUCCCUGGGAGACUUCCUAGGAGACAACAGGACAGAUUCACAGAAGCUUCUUGAAGACGAAAAUCGCCAGGAAUCUGUACAGAAGGGUGUCUGCGUUCAGAAUCAACUGAAAAUGUGGGAACGUCUGUUGGAAAUGCGAAUCAAAAUGCAAAGCAGUUUGAUUACGGCGAAUUCCUACCCGCACGCAGAAAAGUUCAACAGUUUCUGCCAGGACAAGCAAUUUAAAGAAGUCACCGACAAAGUCGUCACAACCAUUGAAUCGACUCUCCAGAACCUGUUAGAAUUGCAAGAAAUUCUGGUCGGGCGCUUCCCGGAAUCCAAAGACGUCCUCAAAUCUUCUGGAUCGAAACGAAAGAUGAAAAAUCCGAAGUCCGGUGGGAAGGACAAGGUCGCUCGAGUGGAUCAGUUUGAAUCGCUGAUCCGAGAUUCGUACGCCAGCUACAAACCGUACCGAAACGAAGUCAUUCAAAAGUGGCACGACCGAACCAAAGUGUCCAGCAACGUCAAGAAUGCCCACCAAUCGCUGAGCAUCGUAAAGAAGAUCGAGAAUGCCCUCUUCUCCAAGGACGAAGUGAUCAGGAAGACGCAACUCUACCGAGGAGGCUACAAACUGUUCGAGGAACCACCGCAACAGCAGCAGCAGCAGCAGCAGGAUGAUGAUGCAGAGGAAAACGGAGAAUCGCAGCAGAUAUACGAUGAGGAAAUAUUCGACGAUUCCGAUUUCUACCACGCCUUGCUGCGGGAACUGAUCGAGUACAAAUCCAACACGACCGAGAACCCACAGGAGAUCCAUGCCAAACUGGCCGAGUUACAAAAGCUGAGGAACAAAAUGAAGAAACAUAUUGAUACCCGGGCGUCCAAGGGAAGGAAGAUUAGAUACGUAGUUCAUAAGAAGCUGGUGAAUUUCACCGCCCCAGACGAUGACCGCCGUUUGACGGAUGACGCCAAGAAUGAGCUGUUUAGUUCGCUGUUCGGUGGAACGAGUAGUUAAUCGAAUUCGUUGUGGCAAUUGCGGUAAUAACAAUUCCCUAAUGUAAACCGCUGAGCUGCUCACUUCGAUCUCGGAUCAGUUUUGAAGAUGCCCACUUCCAUAAGUAUGCACUUGCAUUUCAAUCAACGUAAUUUCCUGUAUCAAAUUCGAGGCACAUUAACGUGGUCGAAGAAACAAAAAAAUGUUGCGC